AUGGACGAAAUGCACGAUGCCAUCCAAGACGCGCAAUACAUUGGUGCAGUGACCAGCUCUCAACGAGGUCCUAGUGCAGCAUUCUAUAACCCGUCAAGCUGCGAGCUCAAUCAAUUUAUAGACAGACAGAAGCGCACACAAGGCAGCGACUGGCUCAGCCUCGAAAAUUUGCUGGAUAUGCCACUCGGCUUCUACUUUUUCCGGUGCUUCUGUGAAGCAGAAGAGCAUCAUGGAAGUAUCAAAUUGGACUUGUUGGUUGAAGUGACCAAGUUUCGCAUGCUGCAAACUUCUGAGCAACGUGCUGUUAAGGGACGAGAGAUCUGGGAUAUGUUUUUUGAAAAUGCUACGUCAGGAGGUGACUUGAACGCGGCAGCUGGACAACAUGGAGCCACGAUGUGGUCGCAUUUAGCGAGAGAAGACGCACGUCGUCCGGCGUCGUCAAUAUCUUCGUUGUCGACGUCACAAGGGACGGAUUGUUCAUCGACAGGUAAUAGUUCGCACAGUCUACCCCUGGGACGACCCAGCCACGCGCGGGCGUCGAUAGGCGGUUUUGAAGAUUUGAACAUUGCGUCAAUGAAGACAAAUGGAAUUGUGUUUUGGCGCAAGAAUCAAUCAUCGGUGACUCGAGCGGAUAUACAGAGUAUAUACAAUGUCGUCUCAACGGAUGUAAACGCUCUUGGUGUUGGCGGUGAAGUCGUGCAACGAUUAAGCGCGGUUUUCAAGCACAAACCUUCUUCUGUAGGACUAGAUUCGGAUUGGAGAGACUCGCUGAAUAGUGUCCGAGAUGGCAGUAUUGCAACAGCCACUAGUCCUAAUUCUAGCACUGUGUCUACACGCGAAGUGAAUGGUCUUGGAUCGGAGAAACGAAUGGAUGUCUUGGCUUAUAACACUCGAAGCGACAAGCGCAUGAGUGUGGAGUCUAAGGUUUCUGCGCUAACACUAUUCGAUGAGUUGGAAGCCUGUGUACUGUGCAGUCUGGAGCGAUUCCAACUAAAAGCCUUUCGUGCCUCUGCCUAUCACAAGCGAUUGAUCACAUUCCUGUUCUUACAAGAGCGGCAAGUAAGCAAAGACGAUUUUGCGUUACUUCGUGCUCUUGGACGCGGCGGUUUCGGUAUGGUAAAUGGAUGCAUUAAACGUACGUCGGCGUCACUCUACGCUAUCAAAGUGAUGAACAAGAAAAUGAUCAAGAAAAAACACGCAGAAAAACUGUGCCUUGCUGAGCGAAAGAUUUUGGCGAUGGUUUCAUCACCUUUCGUGGUGUGCCUGAAGUAUGCGUUUCAGACGCCAGAGGAGCUCUUUUUGGUACUAGAUCUACGUACUGGUGGAGACCUUGCUUUCCAUCUUAAUCGUGUGAGGUUUUCGGAGACGCAAGUACGUUUCUUGGCCGCUCAAAUCUUGCUGGGGCUUCAACACUUGCACGAAAAAAAUAUCGUGUAUCGGGAUCUAAAGCCAGAAAAUAUUUUGCUGGACGAAAAGGGAAAUUGCAGCCUCUCUGAUCUUGGUCUUGCCGUCGAGAAAACAUCGACGCUAGCAGGAAGGUGUGGGACUCGUGGAUAUUGGGCUCCAGAAAUGCUGCUUUACGACGGACGGGGAAAUCGAUUGGUAUACAAUGAGACGGUAGACUGGUGGAGUUAUGGGUGCUUGGUAUAUGAACUUUUAUAUGGCAAAUGCCCCUUCCGGACAUCGAAAGCCAAGGCUCUCCACGAGGAUAAGCAACAGGCGUAUGACAAGGCUACGUUGGAGCUCAUACCUGCGUAUGACUCUAAAUUCUUUUCUGCAGAUGCAGUAGAGCUUAUCCAGCAACUACUGAUACGUGAUCCUAAGAUACGACUAGGGGCAAAAGGGGUGGAGGAAAUAAAACGUAUGCGGUUUUUUUCAUCGGUCGACUGGGUGCAGAUGGAGACGAUGCAAGUGCCGCCACCGUUUGUACCUGGAAACGAGAUCAAUGCUGCAUCUCAAGCAGAUAUCGGGUCUUUUGAUAUAUCCGUUGUGAAGGGGAUUAAGCUCACGGACCAGGAACAAGCUGCUUACAGAGACUGGGACUAUGUCUGCCCCAAGACAUUUCAGCGCGAGGCGAUAGAAUAUCUCGUCUGGGAAGCCAAGCAUGGCCCGUGCACUAUCAGGGCCAAUAGUAGUAAUUCGUGCUGUUUGAUAUUAUAA